AUGUCCCGGAGGAAGCUCGGCAGCGUUCCACGCCGGGGACCCCGAGCCGAUGAGGCGGAGCCGCGGGCCCUCGACGAGCACGAUCUCCCGGGUGGCCCCGCGGCCUCUCCCUUCCCCUCCUCGCCAUCCCUGCUCCUGCCCCUGCCUGGGCCGGACUGCCCCGACGGUGGGCCCGCGCCGGCGCCCGCCACAUCCCGGAGGAAGCUGGGCAGCGCACCCCGCCGCGGGCCCCAGGAAGAGACAGAGGACCCCAUCCAGCUCCGGCCACCCCGUGGCCCGGCCUCGCCGUUCUCCUCCUCGCCUUCCUCCUCGCCCUCCUCCUCUUCCUCCUCCUCGCCCUCCUCCUCCACGCCGCCCCUGCCCUGCCCGGUCUCCCCUAGCGCGGGCGGCGCCGGCGAGUGGCCUCCGGCCGCAGCCCCUGGUCGGCCAGCUCCCCCUCUCGGGGGCCGCCUCCACCCCGCAGUCCUCCGGACGUGCCCCGACCUGCUGACGUGCGGCCGCUGCCUACUCACCUUCCCGCUGAGCCAGAUCGUCGCCUUCAUUGAGCACAAGAAGGGCCGCUGCCAGAGGCCCGCCUGGGGCCAGAGCCCCGACCCCGACGGGGAUGCCGGGUCCCCAGAGCCCUCGGCCUUCUCCUGCAGCAGCUGUGGCAGCUGGUUCAUGGGUGCCUGGGCCCUCCUGCGCCACGCCCAGGAGCACCACGGCCUGGCCAUCUACCAGAGCCGGCCGGCCGCAGCGGCCCCAGACAGAGCCCCCCGGGCAGCAGCCGUCUCUGUGGGGACCCGGACCCGGAGUCACUCGUGCGAUUUCUGCGGCAAAGCCUUCCGUUCCCACAGCAACCUGACGGUGCAUCGACGCACCCACACAGGGGAGCGCCCCUACCGCUGCCCCCGCUGCCCCUACGCCUGUGCCCAGAGCAGCAAGCUGACCCGACACCUCCGCACCCACCAACGCUCGGAGCCAAGCUCCGCCCCGGCCCCUCCAGAGCCAUCCGACCACGCCGCGGCCCCCUCGGGCAUAGUCCCACCCCCAGGGCCCGCCAGCGGUGGCAGUGGGGAGGAGGGGGGCGGUCGGGAGCCUGGCUCUCCAGGGGCACCGCCAGCUGGCCCCGGAGAGGAUGCCGAUGGAGGGGGCCGGCGAAGGGGAGACACCUGUGAGUUCUGUGGCAAAGUCUUCCGAAACAGCAGCAACCUGACGGUCCACCGGCGCUCCCACACCGGGGAGCGGCCCUACGCCUGCCCCCUCUGCCCCUAUGCCUGUGCCCAGAGCAGCAAGCUGACCCGACACCUGCGCACCCAUGGCCCUGCACCCGGCCCCCCCCCUUUCCAGUGCCCCCACUGUCUGGUGCCCUUUGGCCUCCGGGCAACCCUGGACAAACACCUCAAGCGACAACACGGGGAGCCUGGCAACGCGGGUGCACCCCAGCCCUGACCCACUCGUUUUUGGAAUAAAUGUUUCUAGUUUUUA